UUGUGAGGAACCUUUCCAACCACCUCCUCAAAAGAAACAUGCCCCAAAGCUGUCAGAAAUUUGCAAACCCUGCAAGGAAAUCAUUGACAAAGUACAUCAGCGUUACAAUCAAACCUGGAAGAAGAACGAGAAAAAUUACUUAAAAUUCAGAACUAAUCUGAGAGUUGCAUGCAAUGGCUUUGACAACGCCAUUGUGACACAGAACAAUACUCCUAUAGGAUCGAAUAUUGUUUACAGUGGGGAAAAGAGGACUCUUCAGGUGAACAAGGACUUAUUCGACUUGUUUUUGAAGGAGAAUCCUUUCUCAAAUAAACAAUGGGACACUUGUUCGGUUGUUGGGAAUGGUGGGAUCCUGUUUGACAGUGGCUGUGGAAAAAUGAUUGAUUCUGCUGACUUUGUUAUCAGGUGCAACUUACCUCCUUUGGAAAAUGGAUAUGAGAAAGAUGUUGGCAGCAAAACUAGCCUUGUGACAGCAAAUCCAAGCAUCAUUUUCCAAAAGUAUGGUGCGCUGACUGGACGUCGCCUUCCAUUUGUGGAGAGUCUGCACAAGUACGGCAACUCUCUGCUGCUCCUUCCUGCCUUCUCCUUUGGCAGGAAUACUGCUAUGUGUCAGCGGGCUGCAUAUACAAUAGAGGACUUUGAAAGCCCUAUUCGACCUGUUUUCUCCAACGCUCAGUACCUCCACAGUCUGGAUCAAUUCUGGAGCUCUGAAGGCCUGAAAGAAAGGCGGCUCAGCACUGGAUUCAUUAUGGUUAGCAUGGCCCUGGAAUUGUGUGAAAAUGUACAUCUGUAUGGAUUCUGGCCCUUUAGUAAUCACCCAUAUGACCUCUAUACCCUGACUAACCACUACUAUGAUGAUGUACCGGUUAAAACGUUUUUUCACGCAAUGCCGGCUGAGUUUGAACACUUGUUGCAGCUGCACACUGAAGGGGUACUCAGGCUUCACCUGGGAGACUGUAAAAAAUAGUUCCCAGGGAUAGACAACAGCACAGAAGCAAAGUACAGAGUCAAAUGCCUUCUCUAUAGCCUCAGGAUGAAUCCAGUAACUUUUUUGCCUUUAUAAGGCCAUUGCUCUCUCACCCUGUAUUCUGAAAUACCUCAAUUACAUUCUCUUGAUUUUUAGAAAACAAAACUCUAAGGACUAUUUUGACAAUAUCUUAAAAAAUGUAACCAUGAAAAGUACUUUGGUACCAGCAGAAGAUAAAUGUAUAGUGCCUGAUAAAAGUGCAAAAAUCAUAUCACACAACUACCACAUUUGUAUGAUUUUAAGUGAGAUUCAUGCUUCUGUGUUAAAUCUGCACCACAGGUAAUGUACAGCAUAACUUCAAACCUCCCUGAAACUCAAUGCCAUAAUUCAGUAACUGAGCCUGCACCUCCAUUGAAAUUAAAUUAAACACUGAGUGGAUGAAGUCUACAAUGACUGUGAUUGGCUAGAUCAGUACUGUCAUUUCCUAGGCAUUUCCAGCUACUUCUUUUACUGCUGCCAUUUUCUAAAUUGACUGCAAGGGAAUGGAUGAACUUGAAAAGAGAACUUUGCUGGCCGCUUUCAUAAGCUACACCAUAGUCUCUGUAUAGAUUCAGUGCACAAGUACAAAUUACACAUUAUUUCUACAUAUGAUGGAGGCAAAGGUAAUGGUUUGUGUCAAUUUUUUCUUUUUAUUGGUCCUUUGCAAAACAAUUUUUAAAAUCCCAGCGCCGCUGAAUUUGUGACCACUACUGCUCGCUCCCGUUUCUGUCACUUUUGCCCAGUCCCACAGUAUUUCUGCCCAACGCCACUCUAAGUUUAUUCAAAUUCAGCAAAAAUCUCAAAGUUUUGGCAUUGAUUUGUCUGUUGCAAUGUUGAUCCUAGACCAACAUUUUUCUCUUGAUCCAGGAACAACACAGGAAUGUGGAUAUUAGAUAAAUGUGUUGGCAGGGCACUGCGGGUUAGGUGUAUUCUGGUCAUAUUGGAACUGUUCAUGGCUGUUGUUGUUUCAUAAACAGUAUGAAAGGAGAGGGAAAAUUAAGUGAACGUGAAUAAAUACUUAUCAAAAGAUUUUGGAAUUGUGGAUGUGUUGACAUUCACUUGUGGGUAGUUAUUUCAGAAUCCAAGGUAUUUAGAGCGAUCAACCAUUUAAAUGUUAUGAUGUAGUCAAUACCAAGUAUUCAAUUUGUCUAAACACAUGUCUUGAGGUGAGAGAAUUCACAUUUUAAUGUGAAUGUUCAGAUCAAAAGAAAAGCCAUCAUGCCAUCACAUCAUAAAAUUUCAGGGUAUUCAGAUUAAUAAACAAAAUGUUAUAUAGAACAAACUAACAUUUUGUUUAUUAAUUUGAAUACCCUGAAAUUUUAUGAUUUAGUUGAAUAUAAAAUGGCACAGAUAAUGUAUAAAGCACAAAAUAACUUGCUUUGGCGCAGUACUCAGAAGCUGUUUAAAGUCAGAGAGAGUCAAUAUGACAUAAGGGGAACAGGUUUCUUUAAAAAAACAAAAACAAAAAAAAAACCAAGAUAAGGACAAACAUAAAGCAUAGAUGUGUUUCUGAUUAGAGUUAACUUGUGGAAUAAUUAUGACAGUGAUUUAAAAAGGUGUAGUUCGUUUUCCUUGUUUAAAAACAUGUUUAAAACUAGAGUAUUAGAAAAAUAUAUAUAAAUCAAAACUGAAAAGAGCAAUAAUAAUACUCAAACUCUUGUUUGCUUUGCUUUGAUGUAGUUACAUAUAUAAGGUGGAAAGGGUUUUUUUUGUUUUGUUUUUUGCUUGUUUGUUUUUAGCUUUGCUUUGUUUUAUUCUUUGCUUCGAGCCCUGCGUACAGGAGCUGCAUGCUAAAAGCAGAUGAUCCAGUGUGGCAACCCCUAAAGCAAGCAGCCGAGGGAAGAAGAUGUUGGCAAAUCUAUAUAUGUUGUACUUUUAAAUUACUCUAAUUGUAAAUCAUCAAUCAUAGUGAUUGUGUCUGAUACAAACUGUACUAUGUACUUUUAUAACACAAACAAAAUGCUGACAAUUGUGGAGUCAGCAUAUGUCCCAGUGACCAUCAACAGCCUUUUGAUUGCUAUCACUCAGAAAAUGGACUUUAUUAAACGGUGAUAAAUAUGA